AUGCUGGGCUUGGUAGGCCAAGGGUACAGUGUGGCCUUGCUGCUUUGGGGUCGAGAAACAGAGGCACCCCGGCUCAUGCCUCAGCUGCUGCAGAUGCUGUUUGAAGAAGCUCUGCCCCACAGGGCCUCUGACGCUGUGCUUAGUACUCUUAGCCUAGUGCAGCUCAGCUCCAGUGGGAGGACUCGGGACCUGCUCGCUCCAGGGGCAGAGAACCUGUCGGUGCUGGAUGUGGCCCCUCUGGGCUUGGUGGUGGAAAAUGCCAGUGAAGUGGAGGUGUCUGAUUCAAGAGCUGCCUCAGAGCUGUACUUGCAGGCUGCAGGUGGUAAAGGCAGAGACUGUCCCCUGCUGCAGGUGUUGGCUGGUAAGACUGUUGGUGAGGAGGUGGAGGGCUCUCUACCCUGGAUUGUCUCAUGGCUCCUGGAAGGAAACAACUACAGUGGCCUUCUUCUUCGCUUGGACCCUGAAGGCAGCUCUUUGAGCUUGCUCCAGGCUGCUCUGCUGGGGGCAGCAGGAGGGAGGAUGAAGGUGACACAGGUGAGGCCCACCCUGUGGGAUGCAGUCGAAGAGGCCCGGGCCCGCCGGACUGGCCUGAAGAGCUUGCGUUCAGGCCUCCUUGGGGACGCCCUGAGUGCGCUCAGCAACCCGGGCAGGGCACUGAGGGAGUUGCAGGCGAGCAAGGCCCAGCAGGCCCCAGAUGUGGCCCUGCAGUUCUUCCUGGCUCAGGCCCAGAGACAGAGACUGCGAGAACAGCACCAAAUUUGGAUCCAAGAGGAAAUGAAGCAUUUGGAACAGGAGGAAGAGAUGGUGGCAGCUGACCAGGUCAAAGGCCUGGUGGCUGAAGAGGCAUGUGCCUCCAAGGAGACGCAGAGAUGGCACCGGGAAGGGACAGUGCUGAGGCUCCAACUGGAGGCCCUUCAGGCAGAACGGGACACCGCGGAGCAGGACCUGACAGUCCUCUAUGACCUGCAUGUGCAAGCUGCCCGGGCUCAGACAUGCCACGUGCUGCAGGUAUUCCGAGCCUGGCGGGGGCUGUGGGAGGAGCAGGCCAUGACCACAGAGCAUCACUACUGCAGCCUGCUGGCUGGCAUCCUGCAAGACACCACCAACCUGGCCGCACAGAACCAGGAGCUCCAAGCCCAGAACCAGCAACUUCGGCAGACUAGGCUGGGCACAGUCAUGCUGGAUCCCCACCAUGAGGAGAAAUCUAGUGAUCAGGAAUCCUUCAGGAGUAGUUUGCUCUCUCCUCAUUCGUAAAGGUCCUACAAGGGAGAGGAAGCUGCGACACAA